UUUUUUCUAAUCAUUAUGACUAAGCUUACAACACUUUUCAUUAUUUUCCUCUUCUCUUCUAUACUCUUAUUCAUAAAAUCAUCAAAUGCAUCAACAACCUACAAUGUGUUAACCUUUGGUGCAAAACCAAAUGGCCAAAUUGAUGCAACUCAGCCAUUUCUAAAUGCAUGGGGAGCUGCAUGUACCUCAGUUGAACCAACGAUGAUUUACGUUCCAAAAGGACGUUAUUUAAUAAAAGAAGCAACAUUUAGAGGUCCAUGUAAAAAUAAAAUUAUUGUUAAGAUUGAUGGAACUCUUGUUGCACCAUUGGAUUAUUGGGACAUUGGCAACUCUGGUUACUGGAUUUUGUUUAUUAAGGUUAAUGGGAUUUCAGUUAUUGGUGGAAAUAUUGAUGCUAAAGGAGAUGGUUUUUGGGCUUGUAGGAAGUCAGGCAACAAUAAUUGUCCAGUUGGAGCUAGGUCUAUAACCUUCAAUUGGGCUAAUGAUGUUGUGAUAAGUGGCUUACUAUCAAUCAACAGCCAGGUAACACACCUUGUGAUCAAUAGUUGCAACAAUGUAAUGGUUAAAAAUGUAAAAAUAAUAGCCCCAGACCAAAGCCCAAACACAGAUGGCAUUCAUGUUCAAUCAUCAACAAAUGUUACUAUCAUUGGUUGUAGAAUCAAAACUGGAGAUGAUUGUAUAUCUAUUGGUCCUGGUACAAGAAAUCUUUGGAUGGAGAAAAUUUUAUGUGGACCUGGACAUGGUAUUAGCAUUGGAAGUCUAGGAAGGGAAUAUGAAGAAGAUGGGGUGCAAAAUGUGACAUUAUCUUAUUCUAUAUUCACAGGAUCUGAUAAUGGAUUAAGAAUUAAAUCUUGGGCUAGACCUAGCACAAGUUUUGUCAAAAAUAUUAAUUAUCGUAAUAUAGUCAUGAAGUACGUCGAUAAUCCAAUCAUUAUUGAUCAGAAUUAUUGCCCAAACAGCCAAGAUUGUCCACAACAGACUUCUGGUGUGAAGAUUAGUGAAGUAAUAUACAAAAAUAUAGAAGGGACAUCAACAACUGAAGUUGCUAUGAACUUUGACUGCAGCCCAAGCAAUCCAUGCCAAGGAAUUCAGAUACAAGACAUAAAGCUCACUUAUAUGAACAAAAAAGCAAAAUCAUUUUGCAACAACAUUCAAGGAACUAAAAAAGGAGUCAUUUUGCCUGAUACUUGUAUAUGA